AUGUUGGACAAAGCAUGGGUGCAUCUUUGUAGGCUUGAUCCUGAUUAUGCGAUAGGUGCAUGGAAAUUUGUUCAGACUGUCUCUGCAAAUCAAGGAGACAAUGAGUUGAUAAUUUGCCCUUGUAUAGACUGUCGCAAUUUAGCUCGUCAUUCAUGCAGCGAGGUAGUUGUUCAUCUUGUAACACGAGGUAUGGAUGAGGUUUACAAACUGCGUAACGACUGGGACCAUCAUGGAGAAUGCAACACAGUUUUAGAAGCUGCAAGGAAAGUAACUCAGUUUAAUGAAGAGAUUGCUGGGUUAUAUAGAGCUGCUGAGUACGGAGAUGAUGAGUUUGAUAAUGGAAAUGACUUUUGUGAGACUGAAGAGGUAGAGGACAGUAGAGAAGAUGCUUUCAUGAAAAAGUUAGCAGAUGCCGAAACCCCUUUGUAUCCAAACUGUGCAAACCAUAGCAAGUUAUCAUCUAUUGUUUCAUUAUUUCGACUCAAGACAGAUAAUGGCUGGUCUGAUAAGAGCUUCAACGAUCUGCUUGGUACACUGUCAGAGAUGUUACCAGAUGGCAACGUGUUGCAUACAUCAUUGUAUGAUGUAAAGAAGUUUUUUAGGUCUUUUGAUUUGGGUUAUGAAAAGAUUGAUGCGUGUAUCAACGAUUGCUGCCUAUUCAGGAAGGAGUUUAAGGAUCUUGAAUAUUGUCCAAAUUGUAAGGCUUCAAGAUGGAAGAUUAACUUGGAAACCGGUGAGGUCAACACAGGUGUACCACAUAAAGUUUUACGGUACUUUCCAAUAAUCCCAAGGCUGAAGCGGAUGUUUAGGUCUGAGGAAAUGGCGAAAAACUUAAGGUGGCAUGCUACUAACAAGAGCAAAGAUUGUAAACUCAGACAUCCAGUAGACUCUGUGACUUGGGAUCAGAUGAGUCACAAAUAUCCUUCAUUCGCGGCUGAGGAAAGGAAUAUCCGGCUAGGACUAUCGACAGAUGGGUUUAAUCCAUUUGACAUGAAGAAUAGUCAGUAUAGUUGUUGGCCGGUUCUAUUAGUAAACUAUAAUUUACCUCCAGAUCUAUGUAUGAAGAAGGAGAAUAUUAUGCUCACCUUGCUAAUUCCUGGUCCACAUCAGCCAGGUAACAGUAUUGACAUCUACCUAGAACCUCUAAUAGAUGACCUAAACCAUUUGUGGAACCAAGGAGAGUCAGCUUAUGAUGCCUUGAGUAAAUCUGUGUUUACUCUUAAAGCAAUGCUUCUCUGGACUAUUAGUGAUUUUCCAGCCUAUGGAAAUCUUGCUGGAUGCAAAGUGAAGGGGAAAAUGGGAUGUCCUGUAUGUGGUAAACACACAGAUAGUAUGUGGCUUAAGUUUGGUAGAAAGCAUGUUUACAUGCGCCAUAGAAAGGGUCUUCCACCAUCGCAUAGGUAUCGUGUUAAGAAAACUUGGUUUGAUGGACAUACAGAACAUGGGAGAAAGUUAAGGAUUUUGAAUGGUCAUAAUAUUUCUCAUUUACUGAGAAAUUAUAAAAAUACUUUUGGGAAUUUUAAAGAGUCUGCGAAGAAGAGAAAAGUCACAGCUUGUGUGGAAGAUGAAAAUAAAAGUGAUGGGAUGUCUAGCGAUUCUGAGGAAGAGGAAGAUGAAGAAGAGGCAGUAGAUGAAGAGGAGUUGUCUAGAUGGAAGAAAAGAUCAAUAUUCUUUCGUCUGCCUUAUUGGGAGGAACUACCUGUAAGGCACAAUUUGGAUGUCAUGCACAUAGAGAGAAAUGUGGCUGCCAGUAUUAUCUCAACACUUUUACAUUGCGGAAAAUCAAAAGAUGGUCUUAGUACUCGUAAAGAUUUGGAAUAUCUUGGAAUUAGGAAAGAUUUGCAUCCUGUUACUAGAGGUAAGAGAACUUAUCUUCCAGCAGCUCCUUGGUCUUUGUCAAAGACAGAGAAGAAAGUCUUCUGCAAAAGACUUAUUGAUUUUAAGGGACCUGAUGGAUACUGUUCAAACAUUUCAAGGGCUGUAUCAUUAGAAGACUGUAAGGUACAAGGUCUCAAAUCACAUGAUUACCAUGUGUUGAUGCAACAACUCCUCCCAGUUGCAAUUAGAGGUUUAUUACCAAAAAGUCCUAGACUAGCAAUCAUACAUUUGUGUACAUUCUUCAGCCACUUGUGUCAACGAGUCAUUGAUAUGGAACAGAUUUCAGUAAUGGAAGCUGAAAUUGUUGAAACUAUAUGUAUGUUUGAAAGAUAUUUUCCACCCAGCUUCUUUGAUAUAAUGGUUCACUUGGUCAUACAUCUCGGAAGGGAAGCUAGACUAUGUGGCCCAGUUCAGUUUCGUUGGAUGUACCCUUUUGAAAGGUACAUGAAAGUUUUGAAAGACUUUGUUAGAAACCCGGCAAGACCAGAGGGUUGCAUUGCUGAGUCAUAUUUAGCAGAGGAAUGUAUCAGGUUCUGUAGUGAUUUCCUUAAAAAGACAACCAAUGUAGAAGAGAAAUUAGAUAGGAAUACUGAGUAUGAGAGCAACUCUAUCAUAGAGGACCGGCCAAUAUCAGCAGCAACUGAAUUUUCUCUUACUGAUAUGGAAAAGAAAGUAGCCCAUCUUGCUGUUCUUCAUAAUACGGCUGUCAUGGACACAUAUGUCGAUAUGCACCUACAAUAUCUACAAGAAACAAACACCAAAUGUAGACGUGAUGCAACGGUUUUAUGGCGUACUCAUACUCAGGAUUUUGCAGCUUGGGUUAAAAAUGAGAUAAAGAUUGAUUCAGAUCAGCAUGAUGAGAGACUUAAAUGGCUAGCCUAUGGUCCCCGGAGUAGUGCAAGGUCAUAUACAGGUUAUAUAGUUAAUGGACAGCGGUUUCACACGACUUCAGUUUCUAAGCAAACUCAAAAUAGUGGAGUCUUCUAUGAGGCAACUGCAAUGUGUAGAGCGAGUGCAAAGGAUACUUCACAAGUGGCAGAUUUAGUUACUUACUAUGGGAGAGUAAUAGACAUUAUACUCUUGGAUUAUAAUGUCUUUUAUGUUCCUAUAUUCCGGUGUCAACGGGCAGUUAGAGGUAACGGGGUUAAAGUAGAAGAUGGGUUCACGUUAGUAAACUUGAAUCAGAGUCAAGUUUCCUUUAUGAAAGAUCCUUUCAUAUUGGCAUCUCAGGCUAAGCAAGUGUUUUACUCGAAUGAGAAUGAUGAAUCUGGUUGGUGUGUAGUGUUAAGAGGUCCUUCCAGAAGAUAUAAUGAGAAAGUGGAAGCAGAUGAAAACACAGAUAUAGGACCAUUGCCAUCAAUAAUUCAAAUGGAUUCUGAGUUAGAGGAAGAAGAAUGUGCUCAAAAUGCUAGAGCUGAUUGUGAAGGCAUAUAUGUGAAUUAA